ACGAUAUGGUUUGUGAUCGACGUGAACAGCCAAGCGUCGUGGGAGACUCCUGCGCGAAGAGUGCACGUAUUUACUCGCAACAAGCAAGACAUCUAGAUGCGCGUGGCACGCUACGUCACUGGAGACCUGCAGGGACACAGGCGCGUUGAUUGUGCGCGUGUCACUCACCCAAGCCGUUCGGGCUUCCGGGUCAUUGCGGUGAAGAGAAGGCGACGGACUCACUCCCAACCCGACACCGAAGACCGCGAAUGGAAGGUUCCAUCUGCACUAAAAGGGAUAGCUACAACGACAAGUGAACGAAUGGCGCAAAGUCGAGGUGUCCACCAGGCAAAAGCAUCGUGUCGGACUCGAGUGGAGUUUGCUGUGCAGAAUGCUCACGAUCCCUCCACCAAUUUCAUGUCGUAACACCACAGACCAAAAUCCCACUUCAUGUCCGAACGUGCCGGGGUGUAACACCGUUUGGGCUAUAUGCUAACGGAACUCCAGGUCAAUCCCGGCUGUGACAGCUCAACA